AUGGCUAAGAAGGGAGGAAAGAAGAAGAACAAGGGUGGCGCAAAGCCCGCUGUCGUCGCGGCUGUGGACAAGGUCGCCGAGGAGAUCAAGAAUGUCGUAAAGCCCAACAACGAGGUUGAGGAUGGCGCCGCUUCCAACGGUGUCAAGUCCGAGGUUGCCGAGAAGACCGAGGUGCCUACUACUGAGGCGCAGACAACUGAGACUACCGCCCCCGUCGUCACCGAGACCGAGCCCUUGACCGAGACUAAGGAGGCUGAGAAGGCAGUUGAGGAGCCUGCCGCACCCGUGCAGCCCGAGGAGAAGCUCGCGGAGAAGGUUGAGCCGCCCUUGACGGAAGAGAGCACUGUGCAGGACAUUGUGGAUAAGACACAAGCCACCAAGGCCGGUCAGCUCCCUCAGCUGGAGACCGAGAGCGAGGGCAAGGCCAUCCUCCCCGAGACUACUGCCACGACUACCACCGCCGCCGCAGACCUCUACCCAUCGACCACCGAGACCGCCGCCGAAGAGUCGACCACCUCCGCUGCUGCGACUACCGGCGUCGCACCCAUCUCCUCACUCCCCGAGCGCCCCAAGGCCGCCGAAUCCGCCGCUCCGGCCGUCGUGGAGCCCAUCGUGGCCCCUGUCGAGACGGAUGCCGCCCACGCCAAGCGUCCCUACGAGAAGCCCAUCUUCUCCAACGACGAGGUGAAGCCGCACAAGAUCGCCAAGACUGAGGAGGAGCAGGCCGCUGCCAGCGCCGCGGCUGAUAAGACUGUUUUGGCUGGUGCUGGCCCGGCUUCGACUGCUGCGUAUACCGUUCCCGAGCCCGUUCCCGUGAGCGAGACCAAGAAGGUCGAGGAGGAGAAGCCCGUCGCUGCCACCGAGGUGCCCCGGCCUGCUGCUCCAGCUGUUGUUCCCGAGACCGCGCCUGUUGCUGCCCCGGUUGCUGCCCCGGUUGCCUCUCCCUCUGAGACCAAGGAAAGCAAGGCCUCCCCCGAUGCAGUCGCCGCGGCCGCCGCUGCCAUCAACUCCUCCAGGGCCGACAAGGCCCCCACCACAGCUCCCAUCGCCGUUGCCGGCACCGAGCCUAAGAAGCCCGAGCCCGCAGCCAAGCGUGGUGAAGAGCCCAAGCCCAAGGCUGACCUUCCCGCCGAGGCUCCCAAGGAGACCGAGACCACCGCUCCUCAGGUGACCGAGCCCGAAGCUGCGAAGACGAGCGAGGAGGCCGUGGCCGAGCCCUCAGCAGAGCAGCAGGCUGAGAAGAAGAAGGGCGGAUUCUUCGCUAAGCUCAAGCGCAUGUUUAAGUAA